UUUCAAAUAUUUUUAACUUGAGCAAAAAGAUCAAGCAUAUGAAAAAUGGGAAGAAAGUGUAUGAACCGACCGAACCUGGACUGGAACCACUACUGAAUGAGCGAAUUUAGGAAUUAUCAGGCGCGCCACGGAGAAUUUCUACUAUUUGCGGACCUGAGCCCCCAACUUACGCAGACUCGCACAGAAGAAAAGCUCCACCAUUUCCACGGAGAUUGCACUUCAAUUAUGGCGUCAAUACGGCGCCUUGCCAGAGCUCUUCACUCUCAUUACAGAACCCUAGCUUCUCCUUCCCUUUAUCAAUCUCCUAGCCUUCCGCACAAUGGAAUUUUUGGGUGUCACCGACAUACAUGUUUUUCAAGAUCGGUACCUUCAACUACUAUUCCUGCCAUUUUAGCUGGACUGCUUGGAGUUGGAGUCCUGAAUGUAGCUUAUGCAGAUUCUGAUGAGGCCAGUUCGAAAGUUCCGCCUUAUGAUUCUCCUCCAAUUCCAAGCCACAAUCCCCUUGAAGAAACAGCAAGAAGGGAGAGACUCAGAUUAGAAAACUUGCUCAAGAGCAAAGGAGUGAAGUAUGGUUCUUAUCCUCGCUUUACUGUUGCCGUAAAGGGUCAAAAGGUCACUAUCAAGUUUCAAGUUCUUCCAACCUGUGAAAUUCCACUACUAAUUGCAAGCCUUGUUUCACAACUAGGAGUAAAACUUGAAGAUCCUAGUGCAGCAUCAAAUAUGAUGUUACGCGCUUGGGACAGUGGGGUUGCCUGGAAACUGGCACUUAGCUGCCCCCAAACGAAAAAUGGAACUGCAGGGGAGCAGGCUGGUGGAAGGGAUACAAAUUCUUAUGACGAAGAUUUAUGCAUUCUCAUAUUUCGUCCGCUCAUAAGCGCCGACAAAGCUGAGAUUGAGUUUAUGAAGCCCGUGAGCUUUACUGAUGAGGAGCUUGAUGCUUUGGCAUCUGUGCUACAAUUCGCAGGACAACAAAAAACAUUGGACAUGAGAUCAAGAGGAGUUUCUUCUGCAGAUAAAACAGUUACUACUCUAGAGGCUAUGGGAGUAAAAAUCUUUGGCAUUGCUGUGUCUACUAGUGGUAAUCCAAAAGCUAAUAUUGCCUGGGAGAAUAUUGCUGGAUAUAAUCAACAGAAACGGGAAAUCGAAGAUACAAUACUGCUAGCUUUGCAAAGUCCUGAAGUAUAUGAUGAUAUUGCUCGUGGGACCCGACGCAAAUUUGAGACGAACAGGCCCCGGGCAGUCUUGUUUGAAGGUCCACCAGGAACUGGAAAGACAUCUUGUGCACGUGUUAUAGCUAAUCAAGCGGGUGUCCCAUUGUUAUAUGUGCCAUUGGAAAUUAUUAUGUCAAAGUAUUAUGGUGAAAGUGAACGUCUGUUAGGGAAGGUGUUCUCACUUGCCAAUGAUCUCCCGGAUGGUGCUAUAGUUUUCCUCGAUGAGGUUGAUUCUUUUGCUACUGCUCGUGAUGGCGAAACACAUGAAGCAACACGCAGACUUUUAUCAGUGCUAUUACGACAGAUUGAUGGAUUCGAGCAAGAGAAGAAAGUAGUGGUAGUGGCUGCUACUAAUAGAAAGCAAGACCUUGAUCCUGCUUUAAUUAGCCGAUUUGAUUCCAUGAUUACAUUCCCCCUACCUGAUCAACAGACUCGUCAGGAAAUAGCCGCACAGUAUGCAAAGCAUUUGACAGACUCUGAAUUAUCUGAAUUUGCAAGAGCCACGGAAGGAUUGUCUGGACGGGACAUGAGGGAUGUCUGUCAGCAGGCGGAGCGACAUUGGGCAUCAAAGAUCAUUCGUGGUCAAGCUCCUAAAGAUGAAGGUAGUGGUGGUUCGCUUCCCCCUCUCCAAGAUUACAUUGAUAGUGCUAGGAACAGGCAAAGAGCUCUGUUUGAUAUUGAAAUUCAGAACCGAAGCAUGAAUCCUGCUGCAAAGAAGCCUCUGUUUGAUUUUGCAUAAUAUCAUCGUUGGCAGAUUCUCUUCUCGGGAAGCCAAAUUUGCCGCAGAAAACAUUCACAAAAGUUGGCUGCGUAGCACGAAGACAAUAUGCAGAUGGGUGUAAGUAAUAGCUAAUUGUGGAAUCAAUGUCAUUAUAAUUCUCAAAUCAUAUAAUGCAGUCAAAUCCCAAAAACAAUUUUGAUCCAAAAAUUCAUCGCUAGAAGUAGGCAUAGUGUGCAAGGACAUAUUCAUACUUCAUUGAUAAUGCUUAUGCUGCAGUCUUUACAUGAAGAUCAUUGGGAUCAGAAAUAAAUAACAAAAUUGUCAUCUUGUUAUUGGAAUGUGUACAUAGGGACUUUCACA